UAAUGUCUUAUAUAGGUGGCACCAUCUUAUACAUAAUCAACCCUAUAAAAAUAUUCCACAAUACCUUUCCAAACACAAAUUUAACUUCAAAGCUAGCUAUUGCUUCCUUGUAUUGCAAGUUGCAACCCUUUAAUCACUUUGAAGCCUUUUCAAGUCCAAGAAAUGCAAACAACAUCUCUAAGCUCAUUUGUGCUUCUUCCAAUCCCUUGUUCAGGCAAUAUAAAGCGUCAAAGUGCAUCAACCUUUUCACGUAAUAAAAAGAGUUUUAUCCAUGCAUCAAAAAGAGACUCAUUUGGAAAACAUCAUGAUGGAAAGUUAGUGGAUGAGAACAUGAUAAUUCUUAGAAUGAGAAUCCGUGAGAUUAAGAUGGUGGAAACAAAGAAUGAAGUUCCUUCUGGUUGGACUGAAUGGGAGAAGAAGCAUUUUGAGAAUUAUGAUUUGGAUGUAUGUGAGGCAGUUGGAUUGUUGCAAAGAAUGUUGAUGAACACUAGACCUGGCUUGGUUGUGGGCAUAUUAGUUCUUAUUAUGCUAACCAUGUCAAUGUCCAUGUCACUACUUGUGGUUCAACUGGUUGAGUUGGCUAAGGGAAACAUCAUAUAAAAAUAGCUUAAUGCUCAAUCGAAUUUUAGUACUUAAUUUUCUGUCAAAUGUGCCAUGGAUUAGUACUGUCACAAAUAUUAUUUGUUAUUUUUUCAUAAUACAUAGGUUAUUUGUUCAUACUUUCAUUAUUAUCAAUUCCAUGUAUGAAUUAACGUAAACAAUAAGUAUUUUUUUAGUUUGUAACAUAACUAUUUAGUAUAAUAAUAUUCUUUUUUUUUUUUGACGCUCAAAGGUUGACUUUCUCAACAAAUAUUUUUUCAUGUACAUGGUCAAGGAUCGAACUUAUGACCAAUUAGUUAAGGGACCUAAAUAUUUACUACUUGUUGUGUUACAUGUUGUUGUGUUGGCGGCCUAAUUAUAUUUUUUGUCUCUUAAUAUAUUUCAUUACUUUAAUGAAAAUAGUCUCCUUUUAAAUCAAACUUUUAUAUGCUUGAGUAUUACAUUUGAUGUAAUUUUGAUCCCAAACCAGCUUUUUAGCAUAAAAUAAGAAUGACGAACUUUGGCU